AAUACAAUCCAAUCAAUUAAUUUGUUCACCUUCAAACUAAUCGCUUGUUUUACUCAAAUUAAUUCGAGAACCGUCUUAUACAAUGGCACUGCGCUUACCCCUUCGAACUCGACCUGCACCACUCAUUGCAGGACUUACGGUCGGAGCAGUUGGCGUUGCAGUCUGUUCGAAAAUGCUGUUUGGAACAGCUUCGGCGGAAUCUCGUGAAGCGCAGAAGAUUUUCAAGGGAGGUUUUGCGUCGGUUAAAUUGCCGUUGCAUAGUUCGGAGGACGAGACGCAUGACACCAAGAGGUUGAGGUUCAAGCUACCCACAGACACUGCUAUUUCUGGACUUCCCUUGACUUCUGCUCUGUUGACGUUCACAUGGCCUGAGGGGUCUUGGCUUCCUACGCCGAGACCUUAUUCUCCAAUCUCACCCUCUGAUGAACCCGGCUAUGUGGAACUCAUGGUCAAGAAGUAUCCCAACGGCAAAGGAAGCGGCUACCUUCACUCCCUCAAACCAGGCGACCAACUCUUCAUCCUCACAACCCUCCCCGGCUACAGAUGGAAGCCCAACACCUUCUCCCACAUAACCCUCAUCGCCGGCGGGUGCGGCAUAACACCGGUCUAUCAACUCGCACAAGGCAUCCUGCGUAACCCAGAGGAUAAAACUCGCAUGACGCUUGUGUUUGGCGCCAACACAGACGAAGACGUUCUAUUGAAGAAGGAGCUUGAUGGGUUUGCGAAAGAGUUCCCGGAGAGGUUUAGUGUAAAGUAUACGGUUAGUAGACCGAAGGAGGGAUCGGUUAUGAGGAAGGGAAGGCUUGAUAGGGAGUUUUUGGAGGAGGUUGUGCCAAAGGGGACGGAGAAGGUUUUUGUUUGUGGACCGCCGGCUAUGGAGGAGGCGCUUGUUGGAAAGAGGGGAAGUGGUGUUUUGGGGGAGCUGGGUAUUGAGAAAGGCAAGAUUCACAAGUUCUAAGAAGAGGUGGUGUAGAAAAGAGAGAGUUAGACUCGGGGACUGAUGAAGAUUGCCUGGGUUUAGGGAGAUGAACAGUUAUCCUACCCUGAUCAAGGUGUGUAUAUUAGGAGUUAGAACGGAUUGUACAAGCAUUUCUCAUCUUUACAU